GGAUCAUGGGAAAACAAAGACAUGGAAAUGGCUUCCCGGAAGUGAUUGCCGAUUGUUCGAUCACAGCAAAAGAAGUAUUAGGAAAUGGCAGGCAAACAGAGAAUUGGAACAAUUCCACAGAGUAAAGACACUCUUUUGAAGUCUUACAAUAGAAGACUGAAGGAUGACGUAAAAUCCAUGCUUGACAACUUUACAGAAAUAGUAAGGCUCAGUAAGGCUGACAAUGAAAGCCAGGUAUCAAGACUAACUCAAGCUGAGCAAGAUGAAAAUGAAAUGCACACCAGAGCAGCUAAUGUGGUACGUGCUGGUGAAUCUUUGAUGAAACUAAUAUCUGACAUUAAGCAAUUCUUGAUCCUUAAUGACUUUCCGUCUGUCAAUGACUCCAUCGCACAAAGAACAAGAUAUUUGAAGAACACACAUGACGAUUACGACCAUAAGCUGAUGGCGUUGCGGGAUGACCUCGCGGUCGAUUUGUAUGAGAUUGAGGAGGAGUACUACACAUCGAGAUACAAAUGAAAUUACCUUUCUGUAUUUGAACCAAGGAAACAAUUUGUUUAUCUCUCCAGCAUAAGACACACCCAGAUGUUAUGGUUGUUAAAAAAGAAGGGAAUUAACAGGAAUCCCUUGAACUGUUUUGUAAUAGAAUUUAUUGUCUGAGUUAGGCCAGGGUAAUCUUGUUUCACAGCAUGGUAUUUUACUUUGAAAUACACAGAUG